CGGUUCUACCGUGUCGGGCGACGUGCUCCUGGCGUGCACCGGUCCCACGUUUGGCCUGGCAGACCACACGCAACCCGAGUGGGCUUCGCACACCCUCUCGUUUCAGCACAUGCUGCCCGAAUUACCAGACAGAAAGAUGAGGCUAGCAGACGGACGUAUCACGUUUGACAUGGAGUAAAGAUCAUAAAUACGGCAAAAAUGCAUGCACAUCUACACGGGGCGCGCCCAUGACAGAUUCUUUGUUUUUGCAUAACGGUGCUGCAAAGGUUUUUGAUGCGGUGCAGCCGGGUAUGCGUUGCGCGGAGGUCUACUCUUAAGCAUUACAAAUAGGUCCUGCUGUCCUGCUAGAAGCUUUUUUGUCUUGGAUGCGAAUCCGUGGUUGCAGACUUCUUCCGGGACGCCCCGCGAAUCGCCUCGAACGAGCUUGAUACCCACAUUUGGCGUGAGGAACCCGCUUUGGCGCCCCCACCGUCUCCUGUCCCCGCCCCGGGCGAACGGGGGCUGCACUACGAAGUGCCUGGGGAGACGAGUCAUCGGGCAGUUGUUGGAACGACUACGAGUGAGGCCCACGAAGCCGGGCAUGCGGAAGCAGAAAAUGCAGCGGGGACGGCGGCGCAAGAAAGUCAGCAGCUUGACACCGCGCAGAGCGUAGCUGCACUAUCCCUGUGCCCGG